AAGAAGAAGAAGACAGGUGAAAUGUUUCAUGAUGAGUUAAGAUCCUCAGCAAGUGGCGGAGGAGUGUCAACGACGGCUGUAUCAAAUGGUGGAGGGAGAAGUCGUGGUUUCUUGCGCGGUUGGCAGAUCCCGAAUACCUUUUUUAACAUCAAGAUCAUGAUUCUCUGCGGCUUCGUGACCAUCCUCGUCCUUCUUGGCACUAUCAGUAUUGGGAACCUUGGAAGCUCCAGCGCCGAAUCUGUUAAUCAGAGUCUCAUCAAGGAAACCGUUCCUCCUAUUCUAGCUGAGAUCCCAUCUGAUUCUCAUUCCACAGAGUUGGCUGAGCCGCCUAUAGCUGAGAUUAUUACUAGUUCCAAUACGACGUACACUCUAGGUCCAAGAAUCACUAACUGGGAUAGUCAACGCAAGGUAUGGCUGAGUAAGAACCCUGAGUUUCCAAGUAUUGUCAAUGGCAAAGCUCGAAUCUUGCUUCUCACCGGGUCUUCCCCUGGACCCUGCGAGAAACCAAUUGGAGACUAUUAUCUAUUGAAGUCCGUGAAGAACAAGAUUGAUUACUGUAGGCUUCACGGGAUAGAGAUUGUGUAUAACAUGGCCCAUUUGGAUGAGGAACUCUCAGGGUAUUGGACAAAACUACCUAUGAUUAGGAAAUUAAUGCUGUCUCAUCCAGAAGUAGAAUGGAUUUGGUGGAUGGAUAGUGAUGCUAUGUUCACUGAUAUACUGUUUGAGAUCCCUUUGUCUAGGUACGAGAAGCAUAAUCUGGUGAUACACGGUUAUCCGGACUUGUUGUUCAACCAAAAGUCAUGGAUUGCAUUGAACACGGGCAUCUUUCUGUUGAGAAAUUGUCAGUGGUCGUUGGAUUUAUUAGAUGCUUGGGCUCCAAUGGGACCAAAAGGGCCAAUCCGUGACGAAGCUGGGAAGAUACUGACAGCUUAUCUGAAAGGCAGGCCAGCAUUUGAGGCCGAUGAUCAAUCAGCUUUGAUAUAUCUCCUGCUUUCACAGAAGGAUAAAUGGAUAGACAAAGUUUAUGUUGAGAAUCAAUACUAUUUGCACGGGUUUUGGGAGGGUUUGGUUGACAGGUAUGAAGAGAUGAUAGAGAAGUAUCAUCCAGGUUUGGGAGAUGAGAGAUGGCCCUUUGUGACACAUUUUGUGGGGUGCAAACCGUGUGGCAAGUAUGCUGAUUAUGCAGUCGAUAGAUGCUUCAAGAGCAUGGAGAGGGCUUUUAAUUUUGCAGAUAAUCAAGUGCUUAAGCUGUAUGGGUUUAGCCACAGGGGAUUGUUGAGCCCCAAUGUUAAGAGGAUCAGAAACGAGACAGUUUCUCCUUUGGAGGCAGUAGACAAGUUUGAUAUUCGGAGAAUGCACGCGGAAACCAAACCGUAGAGUUAGGAAAAUCAAUGAGUGAAGGGAAUCACAGCUUGGAAAGAUUACAGGAAACGUAUAGGUAAUAUACAAAUGCUCUCACAGUCACAAUACAAUUUCUUUGCAUGUUUUGCACUUGUUCCUUCUGCUUCGUUGUCUGUUGUUGUUUGAGAGAAGUUUUAGCUGUCAAAAUUUUCAAAGAUGUGUUUACUGCCAUUUUUAGUCAAUGAGAAUACUGCAGUUUUGCUUGUUA